UGUUGGAGCUGUUUCAACGUAGUUGAAACAACACAAAACCAAAGUUAAUUAUUUACAAAUAAUUAACUUUGGAAAUAAAAUGCAGGUUGCACUUACUUGUGGUUCAAGGAAUUGGCCUGUAAGUGGUCUAAUGUUAAAAGAAAAAGCUAAGGAAUUACAUUCCCAACUUAAAGAAAAUGAGUCCGGGUUCAAUGCUAGUGACGGAUGGCUUCAGCGAUUUAAGAAAAGGUAUGGAGUUAGACUUCUUAAAGUAUCCGGAGAAAAACUCUCAUCGCAGCCUGAAUUGGUGGAUCCAUUUAAGCUAAAAUUGAAACAAAAAAUUGAAGAAAUGGAGUUAUGCAAUGACCAACUCAAUAAUGCUGAUGAGUCUGGUUUAUUCUGGAAACUUUUACCAGAUAAAACGUACGUUGCAAUGCAAGAGAAAAGUGCUCCUGGUACAAAGAUGGAGAAGCAACGUGUAACGUUCCUGUGUUGCGCAAAUGCAUCAGGUGCACAUAGACUUAAACUUUUGAUAAUUGGUAAGGCCAAAAAUCCACGCAGUUUUAAAAACUUCGUUUGUCCUACGGAUUAUAAGAAUUCGAAAUCGGCCUGGAUGACGUCAGCCAUUUUUAAGCAUUGGUUCCAUCAAUCCUUUGUACCACAGGUGAAAUUGUUUCUAAAGAAGAAGAACUUGCCAAUGAAGGCACUAUUACUUAUCGAUAAUGCUCCCUCUCAUCCAAGCGAAGCAGAAUUAAAAACUGAAGAUGGAAACAUAAUUGCCAUGUUUAUGCCACCAAAUGUCACCCCCAUAAUCCAACCAAUGGAUCAAAAUGCUAUUAAAAUAACAAAAUUAUACUACAGAAACAGCUUGUUAGCUUCGAUAGCAGCUAAAAACUCUGAUUUGCUUCAAUCAAUGAGAAAUGUAACUUUGAAAGAUGCUGUCACUCUUUUAUCUGUCGCAUGGGAUCGGGUCAGCACAGAAACUCUUGCCAAAUGCUGGAAAAAUAUUUUAAGUUUGGUUGGAAACGAGGAGGACCCUGAAGAUAACAUUCCACUAAGUAUUCUAAAAGAGAAAUGGGAUGCAGAAAUUAAUUCUUUAAUGCAAAUGUCAGCCGAUCUCCUUCAGGACUUAAGUCCUCAGGUUGAGUUUACCCUGCCAAUGGUUCAGGAGUGGAAUAAUGAUACCUGUGUUAAUGAUACCACUGAAAUCCAUGAAAUUGUGCAAAACGAAGAAAGUGAUGACGAUGAUUGCACUGAUCCUGUUAAAAAAGUUGCCGCAAGUGAGGCAAUUGAAAUCUUUAACAAGGCAUUACAAUGGGCAGGAGAUGCAACGGUGGAUCAAAGUGACAUGAGUGUACUUAGACGCUUAAGGGAGAAAGCAAUAUUUCAGCUAUUAGAGAAGAAAAAGCAGCAGAAAAAGAUAACGGAUUUCUUUAAUGCAUAAAUGUAAUGAGUAAUUUUAUUACUAUGUAAUUUUAUUUCAAUUGAUAUUUUCUCGUUAUCUCGUUUUGUUUUGUAAUGGAUUUUAAUAAAAUUUUAGUUUUAUAUUGUAAUAAUAUAAAUAAUAAUAAAAGAAUAUCACGCUCAAGCGUGUAAAAUACAGAUUUAUAAAUUAAAAUUUGAUAUUUUUUCAUGAAAUUUGACAAUCGCUAACGUGAACAAUUUCGC